AUGUCUGCCUGUAAAUUUUGGGAAAAUUAACUAAAAACUCCUAAGAAGGAGGAGGAAUCUACAGUCUGCAGCUUAUAAAACCCACCUUAACCAUCCAUUUUGGAAGUUUCAGCAUAGAAGUGUGAGGAAUACUUAUUUGGUGGAUAAGAGAAAAUCUAAUCGGUUGACGAAUCGAUAGAGGGUGUCGAAUAAUAGGUGGAGGAAAAGAAAAAGUCGAAGGAUGAAGACAGUUCCUCAUCAAUGUCUGAGAGGGAGGGUCGAGGAGAGUCUAGGAAGUCUAAAACAACAUCUAGUAAGAGGAAAGGAAAAAAGAGACUUACAAUUUAAUAGAAUCAUCUUAUAAUGGAGAAUAUGAGGAGAGGUUCCAAUUUGAAAGAUGUAGUUCAGUAGAUUCCUGGGAGCUCUGUAAGUUCGAUUAGAAGGCAGUUUAGAAAAAAGCUUAAAGUUUUAAAUGAGGAGUCUGAGAACGGAGAGAUUGAAAAUACCAUAAUUAGGAUACAAGAGUUAAUAGAGUAAGUGGAAAUUGUAAUAAUUAAUAGAGAUCAGAGCAUAGAGGCAGAUGUGAAGAUCAGAGAACUAAAGAUACUGAUACCCAACAUCGAGAAUCAUUUGCACUAAACAAAACAAUUAAUACUAAAGAAAUACUUAUCCUUAUUUCAAUAAGAGUGA